AUGGGAGAAGGCCUCAGAGACUCCACCAGGAGUAAGCUCAGGAAGGCUUUCAGCAUGAGCAGCUCCAGGUCAAGCUCACCGUUCCAACAGCCGUCAAAGUCGCCAUCGCCGUCCCCAAUAGGGUGGGUGGAUCCUCCGUUGACGAAACUGGAGCUGACAGGGUACAAGACAGCCACCAAACAGCGACUGCUCGAUCUGGGAUUGGCAGAGGACCUUAGAUUGCACUUGCCGUUGAGACUGCAAAUAACGCACAAUUGGAAGCUCUGCUAUUCGUUGGAGCAGAAUGGAAGCUCAUUGAGUACACUGUACAGCUCCUCACUCCCUGACCGGUCGGAAACCGGCAAGAAGAUCGGGUAUCUUCUGGUGGUUUAUGAUCAGAACCACGACAAGUUUGGGUGCUAUCUGAACGAACACCUCAGGCCAAUGGAUAGAAGGGCUUAUUACGGAAAUGGCGAGUGUUUUUUGUGGAAGGUGGAGAAGGGCCGGAUUCCGAGUCUUACUGAAGACCUAACAAACUCGUCUAGCUCCUCACUUCCUGUGCAGUUUCGGCUCAAAGUUUUCCCAUACACCUCGCUGAACGACUUCAUCAUAUACUCGAAUCACAGCUUCAUCUCAAUCGGUUCGGGAAACGGUAAGUUUGGUCUCUGGAUAGACGAGAACUUAGUCAAAGGUGCCAGUUCGACGGUGGAUACGUUUGGCAACGAGCCGUUGAGUCGUGAGGAACAGUUCCAGGUCAUGGGGUUGGAGAUCUGGAAGAUCAUAUAG